AUGGUGAUCAUCACAGAGGAAGAGGAAGACCAACAACGACAAGAGCCGAAACGGUCAUCAGAGAUCAAACCAACCCAACCUUCAACAUCAAAACCCACUUCUUCACCAACAGAAACACCAGUUGCACCACAAAAUGGUCAAAAUCCAUUCGCUUUCUGCUCCUACUCUUUUCGCAAAGUAAUUGAAUCUUUAGGCUCUAAAGGGGUUCGUGCGGUUGCGUUUGACUUACCUGGAAAUGGGUUUUCGGAUAAAUCGGUGGUGGAGGUUGGAGAGGGACCAACUGGGAUUUUAGGGAGGUUUUGGUAUGUCUAUAGUGAAAUUCAAGAGAAGGGUUUGUUUUGGGCAUUUGAUGAGAUAAUUGAAACUGGCCAGAUUCCCUAUGAAGAAAUAGAAUCUCGGAUGCCAAAACAAAAGUUUGUAAAGCCAAUUGAAAUGGGUCCUGAUGAGAUUGGCAAGGUGUUGGGACAAGUGAUUGAGACUGUAGGUUUGGCUCCUGUGCAUUUGGUUUUGCAUGAUUCAGCUUUGGGGAUGCUUGCAAAUUGGGUUUUGGAGAAUUCGGAAGCCGUGAGGAGUGUGACGCUUAUUGAUACCUCAUCCAGAUCGACAGGUGCUUUGCCUUUGUGGGUUUUGGGAGUGCCAGUGGUUAGGGAGGUUGUGUUGAGGUUUUCAUAUGCUUAUACAUGGUUGAUUAAGCUGUGUUGCUCAAGGGGGAUUGAUGUUUUGGAAGUGGAUGCGCAUAGACUUCUUUUGAAGGGUAGGGAUGGGACAAAAGCAAUUGUUGGAAUGGGGAAGAAGUUAAAUCAUAGCUUUGAUAUAGCACAGUGGGGUGGCUCGGAUGGACUGAUAGGUGUGCCGAUGCAAGUGCUUUGGUCUAGCAGUUGGUCCAAGGAAUGGAGUGAAGAGGGAAACCGAGUUGCAAGUGCACUUCCACAGGCAACUUUUGUGACCCAUUCUGGUGGACGGUGGCCUCAGGAGGACGCAGCUGAUGAGGUAGCUGAAAAUAUUGCUUAUUUUGUGUCCUCGCUGCCUUCAUCUGUCAGAAAGGUUGAGGAAGAGCCCAUCCCAGAGCAUAUUCAGAAGAUGUUUGAUGAAGCAAAAAGCGGUGAGCAUCAUGGUCAUGAUGAUGGGCAUGACCACCAUCAUGGUCAUGGCCAUGUUCAUGGCACUGGUUAUCCUGAUGCAUACGGUCUCGGCCACAGUCAUGGGUGGUGA